AUGGCUCCAUCGCUUGUCGAAUCCACCACCGAGCCUAUUGUUCCUAUCGAGGAAGGCAAGAUCAACCUCAAGGGCCUACAGAGGGUACCGCUAAAGUCCAGCGGUGCUCUCGACGCCUUCGAGUCCUUUGAUGUCACGCCAGUGAUUGGCCGUGAAUUCCCUAAUGCAAGCUUGAAGGACUUUCUGCGUGCUCCGAAUUCUCAUGAGCUGCUCCGGGAUCUUGCUCUUACCAUCUCGCAGCGUGGCGUGGUUUUCUUCAGAAAGCAGGAUGGUCUAGACGACGAGCUGCAAAAGGAGCUUGUCCAGCGACUAGGGGAGCUUUCGGGAAAGCCAAAGACUUCUGGACUGCACAUUCACCCAAUCGCCAACUCUGGUCGUGAGCAUAGUGUUGCAGAUGACGAGAUCAGUGUCAUUAGCUCACAGCAGCGCAAGACUUUGUACAUUCAGCGCAAUGAGCGCAAGCAAAGCGCUCGCACUGAGUGGCAUAGCGAUAUCACCUUUGAGCCUAUUCCCAGUGACUACACGAUUCUCCGUUUGACGGAGCUUCCCAGGACUGGUGGAGACACGCUCUGGGCUUCUGGCUACGAAGUGUACGACCGCCUGUCAGAGCCGUACCAGAAAUUCCUGGAAGGUCUUACUGCAACAUAUGCUCAACCUCGCUUCAAUGAGGUUGCUCAGAACAACAACUUCAAAAUUCACCCGGGCCCACGCGGCGCUCCCGAGAACGUUGGGGAAGAGCUUCGCGCCGAGCACCCGGUUAUACGCACUAACCCAGUCACGGGUUGGAAGAGCGUAUUCGCCGUUGGAACGCACGUCCAGAAAGUAAACGGAGUCACGCAAGAGGAGAGCGACCACUUGCUGAAGUGGUUCGUGAAUCUGGUUGUCGAGAAUCACGAUUUGCAAGUGCGCCUCCGAUGGCAGAACCCGAAUGAUCUUGCCAUCUGGGACAACCGCUCGGUCUAUCAUGCCGCCACUUGGGACUAUGAAGAGAUUGGUUCUCGAACGGGUCAUCGCGCAGUUGGGCUGGGAGAACGGCCGUAUUUGGACCCCAAGAGCAUCAGCAGAAGACAGGCACUGGCGGAGAGCGAGUAG